ACAGGAACAAGUCUUUGAUUGAUCACAAGGAACAAUUCUUUUUUUUUUCUUCUUCUUCUUCUUCUUCUGUUUACUUCAACUGUACAAAGAUUCUUAAAAGGAGGAGUAAAACAAGAAGCCGAAGAAGAAGAUCCAAUUAAACCUGUAUCUAAUCUUUUCUCUCUCUCUACCUCUAUUUCGAUGGCGGAGGGCGAAGAGAAGAACGGGAUUAUUGAUUCGAUGCCUUUGUUCGCUAAGGAGCUUAUUGCCGGCGGCGUCACCGGCGGUAUUGCUAAAACCGCCGUUGCUCCACUUGAGCGAAUUAAAAUUCUUUUUCAGACCAGAAGAGAGGAGUUUAAAAAGAUAGGACUUGUAGGAUCAAUCAACAAGAUUGGCAAAACUGAAGGUUUGAUGGGUUUCUACCGAGGGAAUGGCGCAAGUGUUGCUCGGAUAGUUCCCUAUGCAGCUCUUCAUUACAUGGCUUAUGAGGAAUACAGGAGAUGGAUCAUCAUUGGUUUCCCAUACACUACCCGAGGUCCAUUGCUUGAUCUUGUAGCCGGAUCAUUCGCUGGUGGUACCGCGGUUCUUUUCACUUAUCCUCUUGACCUGGUCCGGACAAAGCUGGCUUAUCAGGUUGUUGGUUCAGCAAAGGCGCAAGCAAAAACUGUUGUUCCCCUGGAACACAUUGUGUACAGAGGUAUUGUAGAUUGUUUCUCGAGGACAUACAGGGAAUCUGGAUUCCGUGGCCUAUAUCGUGGUGUAGCUCCUUCUCUGUAUGGGAUCUUCCCUUAUGCUGGUUUGAAGUUCUACUUCUAUGAAGAGAUGAAACGUCAUGUCCCUGCGGAACAUAAGAAAGACAUUUCCCUGAAACUCGUAUGUGGCUCGGUUGCUGGAUUGCUUGGUCAGACCUUAACGUACCCUCUUGAUGUUGUCAGGAGACAAAUGCAGGUUGAGAGACUAUAUGCAGCCGUUAAGGAAGAAACAAGAAGAAGAGGAACAAUGCAAACCCUUUUCAAGAUUGCUAGAGAAGAAGGUUGGAAGCAACUCUUCUCUGGGCUUAGUAUCAAUUACCUUAAGGUUGUACCAUCUGUAGCAAUAGGAUUCACAGUAUAUGAUAUUAUGAAGCUGCACUUAAGAGUCCCACCGCGAGAAGAAAUGGAGGCAGAAGCAGUGACGACACGCAAAAGGAACGUUUUCACCUAGUUCCAAGAUCACCCUUAAGGUGGUCUAAUUCUUUGUGGUGUUUUAAACCACAGAUUAUUGUAAGAGAUUGUACAUUCCAUUUUUUCCUUAGAGGAAACUGAAGCUAGCAUUCCUCCAAAUAAACAGUGCCAGAGUUCCAGUCAAAAACUCGAGGACUUCUAUGUAAUUAUAGAAUUACUUGAAUACUUUAAUUUUUCAUUCAGGAAUAUUAUU